UCCAAGAUACCCAUCGCGCCGGUUUUGCAACUAAAAACCAGAACAACGAGUCCAACAUCACAUCACUAACUUGGACGACAAUCGGAAAAGAACGCGCAAAACAAUGAGAGAUUAGCGGCGACUGCAAUAGAAUCAUUUUUUCAUCGAUACCAAUUUUUUACCGAUUGGACAGGUCGUCGAUCACUCCGGCCUGUCCAAGAUCCGCACCGACCAGCGGACGAAACAUACAAUAUCCUUCCGAGUUUUAAAGGAAUAUAAACAGAACCGACAAAAUGCCUGCAAUAGACGUGGCAAUGAGGAGGAGUGUCCAGGGGGGAAUCGUGGAUGGGUUUGUGAACUUACUGGUGCGCAGCGUGCAACCCGCUCUCCAACCAAGAGAUGUCGUCCAGGAAUUCAACGACGUUAAGACGGCAUUUUCGAGUUGGGACAAUUGUAUGCAGGCUGCUUACUGCAAAUGGACCGCCAUCGGGCUCAUGAUCUUCGCCGGAGUCGUCAUCUUCGCGGUAUGUUGGUGCAUAGGCCGAUGCCUCUGUUGCGGUCUCUCUUGCUGUUGCGAGUGCUUCCGGUGCCUUCAAUGCUGCGGAAACUGCUGCGGUUGCUGCGAUCCUCCUGGCUCUCGCAAACACAAGUACCUCGACGCUCCUUUCGUUCCACCCGAUCAGGGCUACAAGGCUGCGGAGCCUAUGGACCACGGCUUCGGUAGCCGUCCAGCGCCAUCAUACUCGGAACCUUCGUAUAAUACCAAGGCGUCCGAACCCCAAUAUGCCGUGUUCGAGGUCGACAAGAAGAGGCAGACAAUGGGCGAUUCGCUGCCUGCUAUGCCGGAGUGGGAGGGUGCAGGGAGCAAGAAGGUGUUGGUGGAGGAGGAGGCUGUGGAGCUGGAUCAGUUGAAGAAGCCGGAGGAGAAGACUACCCAGAGUUCCGGUGCCGGUGCCGGGGCCGGGGCUGCGGUCAUGUCCGGCGCGGCGGCUGCUAUCCCAGCAGCGGGGCCAGGACGAGGAACAACACCACGACCCAGUCCACCACCAGGGGGCCAGCAGAGCCCGUAUGGUGUUCCGGCCGGUAACAACGGCUUCUACGGAAACAACGGUGGUUAUGGCCAGCAAAACGCCCAAGGAUACAACCAGAUGCCUCUGGCCUCUCCCUACGGCCAGUCUUCCUCUCCAUCACCCUACGGCAUGGCCGCAUCAGCCAUGGGCCCCGCCGCCGUAGGCAACGCAGGGUAUAAUGCCCCCGGAGGUGGCUACGGCAACCAACAACAAGAUGCCUACGGCCGCUAUGGCGAGCCCACACGAAACAACACCUACGAUUCCGCACGAAACAACACUUACGAUUCCUACGGUGCCAGCACCAAUAGCCCCGCCUCGCCUUACGAUACCUCACCCUACGAUAACUACAAUUCCGGCAACCAAGGCGGGUACGGCAGUUCCCAACAACAACAACCCUACGGCCUGGCCGCCGGUGGCGCAGCCGCGGGUAUGGGCAUGGCAGCCGGAAGCAUGGGACCUAACCGCGUCCGCUCACCACCAGCCGCCACGAACACAAUACCCUACCCCAAAAAUCCAAUGACCCGCCGGUCGCCAGCUCCUGAACAGCAACUGAAUGGUCUCGGGUAUGGGGGAUCCAGCAAUAACCAGGCGAUGGCAGGCGGUGAUUCCUUCCUCGGUGGGCCGAGAUAUCACUCUCCCGCUCCUCAAUCGACCGGAGUAACAGGAGGAGGGUACGACAGCUUUUCAAACCAGCCAUACUCCCAGGGCAGCAGUCAGCAACAGAGGCAAAACACCUUUGGCGGGAACAACAGUUACGGAGGGGGGAACAACAACGGUUAUGGCGGAAACAACGCAGCUAGUUACGGCGACAUGAUGCGCUCAACACCCUCCCCAGCGCCGACGGGGCCGUUGCCCAAGCCUCCGGUGAGGAAUAAUACCAUGGGUGGUCAGAAUACAUUGGGCGGUCAAAAUACUUUGGGGGGUAACAGUGGUGGUGGUGGGGGUGGGUUUGAUUUUAGUAGUGGAGGUAAUUCCAGGCCGCAACCGGGGAUGGGACAGCAGCAAGGAGGAGGUAUGGGAGCACAGGAUGAGGGAGGAGCGGCGGGGUAUCCGGGGUAUAAGCCUUAUUCGCCGGUGGGUGGAGGGCCGCGAGGGCCGGGGGGAGGAGGAGGAGCGGGAGGAGUGGGUGGGGGGUAUAGGGGGUUUUAGAAUGGGAGGUGAAGGGGAAAGUGAAAAGUGAAUGAAUAACGGGAAAAGCAUGGGGUUGCGGCGUUCUUCUCACGUUUCUGUUUCUGGGUUGGUUAGAUACCAGGAUGUUUUGAUUGAUUGGUUGUUGAUGUUACUGGCUUGGGCCCCUUUGCUGUUGCGAUGACUUUCCUUCCUCCCCCUACGUGCAACAUACCCCAAUGCCCCUUCCAAACCCUAUUGCCACCUAGACCUGCCCUAUUGUUUUGAGAUCUUUUGGGUAUAACUAUC